AUGGAUGAGUGUCAGCGCAUCCUUGGAGGCCCCCCCUUUGAAAAAAGAAUGGAGCCUUUUACUGUCUUGAUCAAAAAGUCCGGUCCAGUCCCUGAAAGAGUUUGUAUGAUUCACCCAGAGAUCGCAAAGAGCGCUGUGGAGCUACUGGCUGACUUGAAUAUUUCCAGGAGUGAUACAAUGCGCCAGUUCUUGGACCAAUGUGAGGCCAAACCCCAUAUGGUCAAAUUGAUCAAAAAUUUGUUAACAAGGAGAAAAAAGGGAGAGCAUGGUAAAGACAAGUUCUCCAGGUUGAUCAUUGAUAUAUAUGAGAAUCAGGACUUUCAUCAGGCUCUUUCUGUCUUGGAAAUGGCAUCAGAUACAUUCAGAAAGAACCCAAUUUUUCCACAAACCACUGCUCGUCUAUAUUAUCUAGAGGUACGUGACUAUAACAGUGCUGAAGAAUGGGCACAGGAAGCUAUCACAAGAGCUCAAAACAACUCAUAUGUGGCUGACACUCUUGGACAAAUUCAUAAAAACAAUUUAUUGAGGAAAGCCAAAAAACAGAGGGAUGUGGAGGAAAUAGCAAAAAAGGGGUAUUCAGCAUUUAAACAUGUAGAGAGGAAAGCUGAGAGGGAAGAGGGCCCAGAGAAGAAGGACACACUUGGUGUUGUAAGCACUCCAGACUCCUUCAACAACAGAGGCCUUUUUGGCUUCAUUCAAGUGGCAAAGAUAGUCUUUGAAAAACUUGGUAAAACACGUGCUGCAGCUUCUUAUCCAAACUUACAAAAGGAAGUAAAAGACAAGUUUGACUUCUUUGAAUGGUACCUGACCUACUCCAAGCCUGAUAUGAAAACCUUCGAGCCAGAUUACUUCUGGAGGGACGUUGCAGUCUGUUAUAAACAUUACACUGGCAAAACAGCAGCUGAAUCCACCAGCUUCCCAGGUCUUCUCAACUGUCUGGAUCAUGGCCUUUUCUCCUCAAAGGGAAGCCGUGCUCGAUUUGAGGAGACUGAGAACGAUUUACAGCGAAUCCGGGACGAGUUAAAAACUACGUAUAAGAAAAAUGUUAAUGAUGUCAAAGUGGCAGAGAGGUACAUCCUCUCCAACAUCACCUUGAGCAACAAGGAGCCUGAUUCUGCUUCACUCAGUCCGGUCAAAGAACUCCAAAAAGUAAUUCGCAAAUUCCUGUGUGAGGUGGAGUGUAGAAGCCCUGAAUUUUACCUUUUGGUUCUGUUGUUGUUUUGGCCUGAAGAACCUGAUGAGGUCAAGCAAGAAGAGGAUGUUGAGGUCAAGCAAGAACCUGAACUAGAGGCCACAGAGGAGGACGGAUCACAAGACAAAACCUGGGAGGAUGUGAACACUGAUGAGGACCAAGACACAGGAGGAGAGGCUGACAAUGACCCUGACCCUGACCCACAAGCUAUGGUGACACUCAUGAAGGAAGAAUUUGAGAGAGCCAAGUAUGCCAAGUACCUUCGGGGCCGUUACCUGUUGCCUCUGUUUUUUCUGGGAAAAGGCUCCGGACUGAGCAGAUGGAUUCACAAAUCGAAGCUGGAUGUGGUGGUGGAAAGAAUGGUUUUGGACAAGUUAAAAGCUCAAACAGACAAAAGAAACAAGAAAAUGAGGAUGUUUCAUGAUGUGUGGAUCAAAGGGGAAGUGUGGCAUCACCCACGAAUCAGAGCAAUGCUUCUUCCAGUCCAGGUGGAACCAUGCAACUCUUCUACAACAUCACAGAGGCAUGAGGAAGUGUUUGUUUGUGUAGGAGAGAAGAAAAUAAAGGCCAAAGUGGAGGAGAAAGUAUAUGGACCACCACUGAGCACCAUGCUUUACUAUCUUGGCUUCACCAUUCAGGGUCCUGUGGUCUUCAGAGUGGGGGCUCCUCACAGUGAACAAUAA